AUGUCUGACAUACUUCAAAAUGAAGAUAAGUUGGGAGAAGUUUUAUUUCAGGUUCAAGAGGACUUGAGACAACUCAGAUUUAAUCUUCAGAACAUCACUAUCAAUGAGAUGGGAAAAACAGUGGACAUUCAAGCCUUGGACACUGCCAUUGGCAAAACAGAGAGUACCAUCAGGAAGCAUGCAGAGGAUUACCUGAAAACUGUGAGUAAUCAGCUGGUGGUUCUUCCAGUAAUUGAAGAUUUACCAAAACUGAAGCAGAUUCCCAAAUGGAAACCUGCACUGGAGAGCAUCCCAGAUGUGCGUCCACAAAGGAAAGACCUUCCAGAGGCUUCACCAGGGGAAAAGCACAAGUCAGCGUUAACCAUGCGUUUGCUUUAUAAUCCUGCUCACCCAAACAACAGAGCCAUGAUGCACCAAAAAUUUGGGAUAUCGCUUCCAGAUGUCUACAAGAGAAGCACAAAUGCAGCAAAACAUCACAGAAUAAUCACCGGCCCUGGGACGAGUCUUCCAGCCAUUGAAGCGAAGAGCCGUCAUAGCCCGGCUGAAGAGGACAGCGGGACAGUCCCAGAUACAGGUCUGUGUCCUAAGUCAAUCCAGAUUAAGGCUGCCACUCUUCACCCCAAAGAGGAUUCUUCUAAGACAGGUUUGAAGUCCCGGUGGCACAAGCAGCUGACUUGGGAACCAGAACCUGCAUCCACUCUGGAAAGUAUAGGCAGAGAAUACACCCUGCUAUGGACCACCAAGACACCACCUCCCACCACAACCUCCAAGAGAGUGGACCACAGCGGUAUGAUGCAAGCCACUGAUGAUGUUAUACUUAAAAGCCCCCAGAAUCUACCUGUGCAAGUUCUAGAAAACAUCAGCAAAUAUCCCUUUGCCAUCAUAAAGGGACGGAUCAACCCACUGGAGACAGAUUUCUGUCAUUUCAAGCAGAGCUUUAGCUUGUGCUGGAGCAGUGUGGUGGACGUUCUGGGGGCUCUGGAAAAGCUACUCAGGGACUUUGCUGUGCCUCUAGCCAAAGUGAGCGGGGAACGGCUAGUGGAGUUUAGCCAUGGUUGGGAUAACAGUUGGAGGAAAUCUCCUCCAGUGAAGGACCUCCUCUCAGUGCUUGAAAACUGGGAGGAGGUAUCGAGUCUUAUCUUAUGCCCAGGUCAGCGCUACAAGGGAGAGGGAGGCAUCGAGGCGGCUGCCAUCCACAUUCAGUCCUGCUGGAGGCGCUACUUAGCCCGGACUGCCUACCUGGGCCACUACAGGCGCAAGUGGGCGGCAGGUAUCAUCGCUAUCUCAUGGCUGAUGCUCGCUCAGAGGCGGCGUGUCAGGAAGGCCCUGCAGGCCCGGCGUCUCAGACAGCUGGAGAAUUACCGCAGCAGAGCCCAGCAUCUGGCAGCCAACUGGAAACGCAUCCAGUCCUCCAAGAGGACCAUUAUCCACAUCCCUUCAUUAGGAUACUCUCAGAGCCAGCGAAUCAGUUUAAGGGGAUUUGAUGUCCUACAGAACAGCCAAAUAGGCAGACUGUGUGCUAUCAGAGAUGAAAAUGUGGAGGUGAUCUAUGUAUGUCCGAGGCAUCUGGGGGACGACAUCUUGCACUAUUACACCAGCCUCCUGAAGUGUGAUGGAGCCACAGGCGAGGAGGAUUAUGGGACCACUCAGGCCUCGUCUUUCUCCGUCAGACGCUUUAUCAUCCUCACACCUGAAGCUGUAGAUUAUUUCCCGACCCGUAACAUGUGCCUGUCCACGCUGCUAAAGUACAGUCCACACACCCUGAAGCGCAUCAGGAACCUGAUCCAGGGGAAGCAGGCCUAUAUUGUGGGCGGAGUGGUGCAUAUGGAUGACCUGGCAGUGGCUGAUGAGCUAGGAGUGCCAAUCCUGGCUCCAGAACCAGCUACUGCACAGCUCUACAACACCAAGUCUGGAGGGAGGAGGAUCUUUGCCGGGGCAGGGGUUGAUGUGCCGCCUGGUCAAGGAGACAUCUAUUCGCUAAACCAGCUGCAUGAAACACUAGCUGAGCUCAUGACCCGAAACAUUCAUGUGCAACGUUGGCUCUUCAAGAUGGACUCUGAGCAUGGCAGCCGCGGCACAGCGCACUGUGAUGUAUGCCAUCUAAGCUGCUAUAACUGGGCCCUGCAGAAAUGCCAUCGUCAUGGUCCUGAGUUGUGGAACACAGAAUGGAUUCAGGAGUCUGUGCUGCUUAGAUAUUUAGAUGAAGUCCCAGAGUGGCUCGCCCGUUUUGCCCGGCUUGCUAAACCCUCCUGCUAUCCCAACUGGGCCUGUUUCCUGAAGAUCUUCCUCAGGCAAGGUGGUGUUGUUGAGGCCUACCCCCCUUCAGACAGUGUCACCUGUCUGACUGUAGACCUGCUGCUGGAGCCUGGGGGUGAGGUGACCAUGCUGUCCUGUGGAGACCAGCUUCACGGCUCCUACCAACUGGAAGCUAUAUGCUCCACUGUUCCUCAGACCUCUGUGCACCCAGAGACCUUGCAAUCCAUCUGCAUGCGUGUGGGGCAGGCCUGUCUGGAGCGCCAUAUCAUGGGAUAUGUCUCUGUGGACCUGGCAACCUUUCUGAACCUCAACACCAUGGAGCAAAAGGUGUGGGCUAUUGAUCUGGACCUCACAUACAGUGACCAGCUGGCCAUGACCCAGAUGCUUCUGAUGAUGACUGGAGGAACGCUGAAUUGCCGCACCGGCUGUUUAGAAGUGCCAGCGCCAGUCACAGAGAAAUGCUGCGAACACCAGAGUGCAGCCAGACCUCCUGUGGUUAAACGUUAUGCAGUUAUUGGGAGCCAGUUGUUUCACUCUAACCUUUCCAUGCUGUACCAUAAUGUGUUCUUCAUGAUGUGCAAGAAUUAUGGUUUAGGAUUUAACAUGAAGAGGAAACAAGGAACUGUUUUUGCUGUUUAUGACAACAGUAGACGAUGCAAUAUCGGAAUGAUAACCGUCUCAGAGGAUCUCCGGGGAGCUCUGGUGACCUUUGCUCAGAAUCUGUCAGUCAUUCAUCAGGAAGUAUCGCCCCCUAAAAUGCAGGCAGAAACCAAUUUUAAGGAUCUGAUCAAGGACAUAGAAGCUGUGCUGCGGAUGAUUGUUCAGAACAAGAUGCGAGCAGUGGAGGAUAAACCUGCUGCUUAGACAGCUGCUUCACCAAUAAACACGCCUUACUCUCACAGAGUUAAGUCAUCACAUCUUUGCCAGCUUUAUUGUCUAAUUAAGGCUACAGAUUAAAUGUGCGUAAACUACAACAAGUUAGAAAUAAAAUAAAUAUGUAGUGUGUUUACACUGCACAGUAUAUUGACUUAGUGCCCAAAUGUAUACAGUACAGAUGAGUCUGAGAAUAGUGAGUAUAUUGUUUAGUGAGAUGUUCCACGUUGAUUCAUUGCCUCCU